CUGUCGGUGAACCCCGUUUGGUUUGGCGUCUAGAGCAGGCUAUGCGACUACAGUGACGGUCUUGCUGAAGGAAGGGGCCGAGCUAAAUAUUCGCGAAAAUCUCGGUAGAACUUCGUUACACUACGCUUCUAUGCGAGGGCAUACAUCUGUCAUCCGUGCCCUUUUGCGGGGCGUUCAGUUCAAAGAUGUUAUUGACGCCCGAGAUGAAGACGACAAGUCUCCUCUGGACCUUGCACUUCAUUGUCAUCAGGGGACUGCGGUGGCUCUUCUCAUCUUCAAUGGUGCCAAGGACCGGGACAACCGCGGUAAGAAAUCACUCGAAUCAUCAUUGAAGUACGGAUCGCCAGAAGUCAUAAGAACAAUUUGAAACACGAGAAAAGGAUUCGAUUCCAAUGAGGGAAAGGAGCGGCGUACGCUAUUGUACUGGAUGAUUUGGAGAGACUCACGGAGAGCGUUGAGUUCACUAUCGGACGGAGGCGCAGAUUUACACACGACGGACAUGGAUGGUAAUACACCGCUACACUAUGUAGCGAUGAAAGGUUGCCGGGAGUUAGUCACUCUGUUGCUUAGCAGGGAAUCCAAGGUUGAUACUCCGGGACAGAACGGUUGGACAGCGCUGCAUCUUGCAGCCAGCGGGGGACACGAUACUAUCGUCAGUCUACUCCUCAAUAACGGUGCAAAAAUGGACGACAGCGUGGAUAAUGGCUAUAUAAUCUCAAAUAUAAUAUACCAAGCAGCGCACCGGGGAGACGACGCCAUUUUCCGGCUGUUACUCGAUAAGGGUACCCUGAUACCGGCCAUAUGGGAUAUUCGGGAGACAGCGCUGUUUCUAGCAGCUAGCAGAGGGGACACCAACGACACCAGCAAGCAUCUCGACUGUGGGGCCGAUAUCGAAGCCAAGACCAAGUUUGGAGCGACUGCCCUCCACAUAGCAGCCAGCGCGGGACAUGAUCGCACAGUUCAUCUACUCCUUAGCAGAGGUGCUUAUGAUGGGAUAGCUUUGUAUUUGGCGGCCGAGAAGGGUCACGAGGCCACCGUUAGGGUGCUCCUGGAUAGAGGCACUAGCUGAAUUGCCUGGAGCAACUUGCACUCAGAGAAGGCCUUGCAUUUGGCGGCCAAGGCGGGCCAUGAGGCUACAGUCAGGCUGCUUCUGGAUAGGGGUGCCAG